UUCGUUACCCCUUGGUACUAGUUUCAUUCGAACGAUCAUGCGGUUUACAUGUUUUUUAUUAUACACCGAUGAAAAUGUGCAUACGUGAUGUAACGAAUCGUAAUCGCAUUUUCAAGCUUUUCUAUUAACCGGCGUAAAUGUUUUACCGAAAGUGAACCAUCUUUGGAUGUGCCGAUAUUAAAAAAAAAAAAUGUUUUGAGAUACGUAGCAUCGUUCGUUCGAUACUUAUGCGAUGAAAAAUGGUGAAAAUGAAGGGGGAAUCGAUCGAUGUUGAGAAACGAACGAAUCGUGACUCACCGAGUAUGAAGGAAAAUAUGCAUAACGACGAUUGCGAUGUCGAGGCGGAAUUGACCAGUCUUUCGUGGUUACAAUCGCUCGACAUUACGAGUGCUUCUAGUUUGCCAACGCCGCCUUGUUCUCCAUCUCCACCACCGGUGACGCGACAACCGAGGAAAAAGCUCUCGCCCUUGAUUAAGGCCGAAUUAGAUCUAGCUUCGAAUGCCGAGAAAUAUCGAACUGAUCCUGACGCAAAACCGCCAUUUUCAUACGCCACCAUCAUUUGCCUGGCGAUGCGUGCGAAUAACAACAAGGUGUCUCUCUCGAAUAUAUACGCAUGGAUUCGAGAAAAUUUCUUAUUUUACAAAUAUGCCGAUCCCGCUUGGCAGAAUUCAAUUCGACACAAUCUGUCGUUGAACAAAUGUUUCGUCAAGUUACCGCGUUCGAAAGACGAACCAGGCAAGGGUGGUUUCUGGAAAUUAGAUUUGGAGAGAAUGGAGGAGGGUAGGAAAUCGAAACGGCGGGCAACCAUGUCCCAACGGAUCCGCGGAAAUUCGAAGAAAUUAACGUGUGGAAAAGCAACGGUAACGAACGAUGCACAAAGCAAUGGUGCUCCAUCGAUCAAUUGUACCUUGUACGAGACUCCGCCCAGUAGCGUAUCUCCUCCAAUUCCGGAUUGUCUGCCGGAAAUUCCCGACUCCACGCAAGUCAGUUUAAGCGAGGAUGAUCUAACCGGUUUGUUAAUCGCCACCGCGGGUUGGGACGAGAAUCAAUUGGAUCUCUUGGAUUCCCUUCUCGACACCCUGUAAGAAGUUUUUACCGCCCGAGUCUCUCCUAUUCAUGCAAAUUCAAACGCGUUUACUUACGUUCGACUUCCUCAACUUCUCAUUCAACCCGGAACGAAUUACACGCAGCUCGGCCGAUAAGUAAGAUUAUUUCUUCCUCCCUCAAUUGCUCUCUAAAAAUAAAAAUGUAUCUUAAACAAGUUUUUAAACAAAGUUGCAACAUUCGUUGCCGAUUCAACGUUGGAAUAAUAUUUGGACGCAAAAUUAUUUAAAAAUGCGAACGUGUAAGUCUUUUCUCCUAGCGAUAGACAACAUUUUUUUUCUAUUCGUUUAUAUUAAAAGAAGAGUGGAAAGGGGGAUGAUUUAUUUAUUGACCGAGUCGCGUAGAUUUCCAAAGCUUUUCCUCCUCGACGUGACAAAAAACUCUGAGGAGUCAAUUCUCUCUACGAGAAUCUGUGUAUUCAAUGAUUUACAAUAUUUAUAAUCCAACAAAAUCAAUUUCUAACACUUCGUCUGGAGAAGUUUAAAGUUUAAAGUUUCAGCGAAUAUCGUCGCGAAACGUGUCGAUGGCCGACCGAAAUAAAACCUCGCUACUGUGCAUAGCAUAACGCUGGGAAAAUGAUACAACGAACACAGAGACACACGAUGGGAUAAUCGGUUUUUUUAAUCGAACAACGCUGCGCGAUCUUUCGGCCAAUGUGUUUAUUUUUCCGUGUUUAUUUUUUAAUCGAUCGUUGGAUGUGUAGAGAAUAAUCGAUUAGAAUUUCAAGUUUCCUUGCCUUUCUAAUAAUCUCUCUAGCUCUGUUUCUGUAAAAUGAGUUUGGGUUUUUUUUUUUUUUUUUUGAAUUUCGUUUUCAUCUUUAUUAACGAUCGUCAAAUUUACCUCGAUUCAUCCUUAUUUGUCGUAAAAAACUUCUAUCUAUUUAUUAGAUAUACCUUAGAAGUUACUUCAGAAGUUAUAGGAAAAAUAAAUCGUG